CAAAAUGUUUUGCUCUUCCCCCUGAAAACUUGUGCGUAGAACAUUGUAUUGGUGCAGAAGGUGUUUGUGGCCAGCUAGCUAGCUAGGUACCGAUACCAUAUCGAAUAAACACAGGAGUAUGCUGCCCAUACAAACACUCAAGGCCUAGUAGAAACACCAUGGAAGAGUCAGGAGGCAGGCCACGCUACCCCAAGCAGGAAGGCCGUGAGAGGGGCCCGGUGGCAGACGAGGCUGAGAUCUGGCGGAACCAGGAUGCAGGGAGAGGAUACAGCCCCAAGCCCAAGAGGGGAGGCCACGGAGGGCUUCACCACGCCAGCUCCAAGAAGGGAGCGAUGGAGUCCCUGAGCAGUUACCCUGCAGGGGGAUUCAAGGAGGGCCACAGCCCCUCACAGAGGGAGGACUUUCAGAGAGCCAGAUACCCAGAGAGCCAGCAGGCCGAGGGCCGGGAGGAGAACUGGAGAGAGCGCCCUUCCCAGCGCUGGCGGAGAACUUCUCAGGGAGAGGACAGGGAGCAGAGGAGAGACAACGUUGACAACACACUUCACUCAGGUGGCAGGAAUCGUAGGAACCAUAACUGGAGGCGGGGUCUAGGUGAGGAGGACCAUGGGCCGGUUGUGGAUGAGUCAGCUCUGUCCGCCAAAGAGCUGCUGGGACUGAAACAGGCGGAGGACAAGAUUGGCAGAGAGAAGAUCUUCCGUCUGAAGAAGAGGUCCCACAGUAACCCCAGUGCUGUCUACACCUGCUCUCUGUGUGAGGUACUGCUGGACUCUGUCUCUGAAGCGCACAGACACAUCAAAGACAAGUGGCACAAGAGGAGAGCCAAGGAGCGUUGUGAGGAGGAGAUGCUGACGGAGAUUGCGCCCCCCAAGGCGGAGCAGGUGGCAGCAGUGGGCAUGGCCUUGGAGGGCGUGGUCAGAGAGAGAGGGAUGAGUGACCAGGAUGUGGAGAACAGACAACAGAUCGUCUCCAACAUGCAGGAAGUCCUAACAGCCGUCCUGCCUGAGGUGAAACUCAGGCUCUAUGGGUCUUCCUGCACCAAGUUUGGUUUCAAGGAUUCUGACGUCAACAUUGACAUCCAGUUCCCACCUCAUAUGCAUCAGCCAGACGUUCUGUUGCAGGUACAGAAGAGUCUGUCAGUUAGCCUUCUCUACUGUGACCUGGAGGCAGACUUCCAUGCCAGGGUACCGGUGGUCAUCUGUAAAGACAAGAACAGUGGUCUGGUGUGUAAGGUGAGCGCAGGAAAUGACAACGCCUGCCUGACCACCUCCUUCCUGUUUGAGCUGUCCAAUCGGGAGCCUCUCCUGCUGCCACUGGUCCUGGGCUUCAGACACUGGGCCCGGAUCUGUCACGUGGACCGAGCGGAGGAGGGAGGUUUGGCGUCGUACGUCCUGGCUCUCAUGGUCAUCUACUUUCUCCAACAGAGGAAACGGCCCGUCCUGCCGUCCUACCUGGGACACGAGAUAAAGGAGUUCUCCAUCAGCAGGCUACAUGACUUCAGUCUGACCAUGGAGGAUGGCUGUGUCCACUGGGGUUACUAUCCCGUCUCUAAGGACUCACCCCCAGAAACCAUCUUCAGGGAGGGCAAGGCUCCUCUGGUGUUCCAGAACUCUGUCGCUCCUCCAGCGGUGGGUCUCCUGUGGGUGGAGAUGCUGCGUUUCUAUUCGCUGGAGUUCAACAUGGCGGAGUGUGUCAUCAGCGUGCGCACCAGCCUCGUCCUAUCACGGGACGCCAAGGACUGGCCCAAGAAACGCAUUGCCGUGGAGGAUCCGUUUGCUGUGAAGAGGAACGUGGCUCGUACAUUGAACAGCCAACAGAUGUAUGAGUACAUCCUCCACUGCCUCAAAUCGACCUACAAGUACUUCGCCCUGCCCCUAAGUCUUCCCUCAGCCAACCACAAGAUGGCAGGGCCGCGUGGAGCUAAUUACAAGCAAGGGCCUAGUCAGAAGGCUCCGAGUGACGUGAGCCGUGUCCAAUCAGGGUUGAGCAGUGUCAAACUGGAGUCUCAGGCAGCCAAUGGGCAGAAAGGAGAGGCGGGGUUUAAGCAGGACUCUGACUGUAUGGUGGAGGAAGAGGAGGAGAGCCCUACAGACUCUGAUAACGAAGGAGAGAAAGAAGAUGAGGAUUUGGGGAAGAACAGCCAGUCUGAGGAGGAGGAUGAAGAGCUCGAUGAGGAAGUAUAUCCCAGACAUCACCUAGACAGUGUGAACACGGAGGACGAAGAGCUGUUCCCAUUGGACGAGGUCUCGGAGGAGCUUCUCUCAGACGAGGAGGGGCCAGACCUAGACACUCCCAGUUCAUUGGACGAGGAGGAGGUGGCCUCGCCUAAACAGGAAGUGCUUGACAACAAGACCGAGGGGGCCAGUGGUCUCUGCUAUGGCUUCACCAGACAGACCUUCACCCGUGGAAAGUCCCACACAGUAGUGUGUAGUGUGUGUAAGCGGGACGGCCAUCUAAAGAAGGACUGUCCUGAAGACUUCCAGAGGGUUCAGCUAGCCCCUCUCCCUCCCAUGACACCUGCCUUCCUCACAACACUCAACACCGUCUGCCAGCAGUGUUACCGAGACUUUGCUCCAGAUGAGGUGGAGCUGGGAGUGAGAGAACACAUCCUGCUGGACCUCGAGAGCUUCGUCAAACGCCAGUUCACAGGUGCCAGACUGAGGUUGUUUGGUUCGUCUAAGAACGGCUUUGGCUUCAAGCAGAGUGACCUGGACAUUUGUAUGGUGCUGGACGGACAGGAGACCGCUGAAGGUCUGGACUGUAUCAGCAUCAUAGAGUCUCUGGCCAGACUGCUGAGGAAACACCCAGGUCUGAGGAACAUCCUUCCCAUCACCACGGCGAAGGUCCCCAUCGUUAAGUUCUACCACGCCAGGACCGGCUUGGAGGGAGACAUCAGUCUCUACAACACGCUGGCCUUACACAACACGCGUCUGUUGGCGUCGUACGCCGCCAUCGACCCCCGAGUGAAGAUGCUGUGUUAUGUCACGAAGGUGUUUGCCAAGUUGUGUGAUAUCGGUGAUGCGUCUCGAGGCAGCCUGUCAUCCUAUGGCUUCACCCUGAUGGUGCUAUUCUACCUGCAGCAGAGGAACCCACCUGUUAUACCUGUACUACAGGAGAUUUACGACGAGGAGGAGAAGCCUGAGGUUUUGGUAGAUGGAUGGAAUGUCUACUUCUACCAUGAUCUGGAGAAACUGCCUGAGCGCUGGCAGCAGAGGAACGUGGAGUGUGUAGGUGCUCUGUGGCUGGGCCUGUUGCAGUUCUACACCGAGACCUUUGACUUCAGAGAACAUGUCAUCUCCAUUAGACAGAGCGCAGCUCUCACCACCUUCAACAAGCAGUGGACCUCUAAGUACAUCGUCAUCGAGGAUCCUUUUGACCUGAACCAUAACCUGGGAGCUGGCCUGUCCAGGAGAAUGACCAACUUCAUCAUGAAGGCGUUCAUCAAUGGCAGAAGUGUGUUUGGAACGCCAGUCAACGCCUACCCUCCUGAGUACACUAGUCAGAUGGAGUUCUUCUUUGACCCCGAGGUGCUGACAGAGGGACAGCUGGCUCCUAACGACCGCUGCUGCAGGAUAUGUGGCAAGAUCGGACACUUCAUGAAAGACUGUCCCAUGCGCAGGAAGUCUAGGCAGCGUCGUGAGCAGGAGGACCGAGCGGAGGGAAGGAGGGACUGGGCGGAGGGGGGCAGGGAACAUCGUCAGGGUGAAUAUUGGAGAAGACCAGAAGAGAAACGUUGCUGCUUCCUGUGUGGAAGCCAUGCCCACAUCAAGAAAGACUGCCCCCAGUACAGAGGACCUGCUGGUGUCUUCUCUUCAUCUCCCUCUUCUAGCCACAUGAGGAAUUUGAGAGCGAGAAAAACAGGACUCAACUCAACCUGGUCUGAUCCUAGUGUGUUUAUUUGUCCAGGACUCAACUCAACAGGAGAAAAAAAAGAAGCAACAAAAUAUGAUUGAGUCCACAAGCAGGCAGUCUAGCCAGCAGACACAUGGGUCUGUCUGGUCCCAGAAGGAGCCCAGUGGACUGAGGAGAUGGGGAGAGAGAGGCAGCUCUAGCCCCAAACCUCUGGGUUCUACUCUAUUCCCUCUGAGGUCUGACCUGCAGUUCAUCAGCCUGAACCUAGAACACCCGGAACUCAGAACCCCACCCGUUGGAACCCUGACAUGGAACCCCAGUGGAUGGUGGCAGAGCCUGAGAGCCUGUCUCCUAAAUAGCACCCUAAUCUCCUAUAUAUUAGACUACUUAGGACCAGGGCUUUACGUUUGACCAGAGCCCUGGUCAUAACUAGUGCACUUUGUAGGAGAUUGGGUGCCAUUUAGGACAUAGAGGGGGCAUUUUAUGUUUUAACUACCCCUGCUGCCUCAGAAGAACUUUUUAAAGUGUUGUAUUGUGUUUUAACUGAAAAGGCAUUUUGCAUGCUCCUCUCUUAAGUUGAUUUUUAUUUUUUAAUGUUAUUUUAAAAGUGAUUAUUUGUUAGAUUUGUCUCGUGCAAUGACGUCCUCCCAAACGCCCCCUCUCUUCCACUUUGUCUAGUCAAAUCCAGUUUGAUCCAGGCUGUGUGACUGUGUGUUUGUCUGCUCAUCUCUGUACCUGUGUGAAAAAGGGUGAAUCUGUAUUCAGAGGUGGAGGAACGACCCUGAAACAGAUGGGUUCUUUAGAUAAUAAUGGACAGUUUGAAUUAAAUUGUCUCCUCCAUGCCAGAGUCUCCAAACAUGGUAGCUAGCUAAAGAUGAAUUCCAUUCUGCUUCUGCCUGCUCACUCUAAACAGGUGCAGAAUAUAUGUCUCUGUAUCGGGUUACUAGUAGCUAACCCCCAUGUGUGUAGAUCUGAGAGGACUGGAUAGAUAUAAGCAAUAUGGUAAAACCUUAAAUGACAACCUAGUCUGUCAGAGGGGGAGGGUGUGACACCAUAUGGCUUAUAUACCGAACCACUUGUCCUUUAUCAUCUACACAGGGGUUUUGGGUUGAGGGUUGAUUUUGGGUUUGGGGUGCAGUUAGCGGUAAGGGAGAAAACCGGAAAAAUGUUUUUUUGUUUUUAUGUUGCCUUUUUGUGGCCACGGUGCCUCUGAUUGGUGGGCCUGGUAGCUGUAAUGUCAGAUUCUGUCCACUCUGGUCUGGGAUGCUAGUGUUCUGAGACCUGCUUUAUAAAUAAACGUUCUUUACAAAAAGAAAAGAAACAUGCCAUUAA